AUGCUAUUAAAUCAAUUGUAACUUCUAGGAAUAUUUUUAAACACUUUUCAUUAUGAUAAUAUUGGGAUUUAUCAAUUUUUUACUAUCAUAUAAAUUAAAAAAAAAUUCUUAUCUUUUGUAAGUAUUAAAAUUGGUAAUUAAUUAAUGAAAAGGAUUCUCAUCAAAGAAAAUACUAUUAAUAUUUUAUUUACUCAUGGUUAAUCAGGAUUUUUAAAUCCAACUUUUAAGAAUCAAUAUUUUCAUCUAUUUUAUCAUUAGCUAAUUUUAAUAAAGAGAACUAUAAACACAACUAUCUCCUUUUUAACUCUUUUUACUUCGGCAUGUAACUUUAUCCUUUUGCCUAUUUUUACUCAUACCUGA